AUGAUAGGCAGGCAGCCUGGCAACAUCCCAGCCUGCUGGUACGGCUCUCGCCGCGUCGAGGUUCGCUGAGAGGUGCCGAGCCUGCUCGUGCAAUGCUUCAAGCGCCAUUUCUGGACCAAUCAAGGCGCCGCGUAAUGAGCAUAUAUGCGUCGCGCACCGAUGAAACGUGGGGAAAGGAGUCGAUGCAAGCAGGCUGGCAUGCAAUGCGACGCGCAGAGAUCUGAAAGGCUUCGGUGCACCAGAUGCCAAAGUGCUUUUGCUCGCUCGCUUGCUUGCUUGCUUGCUUGCUUGCUUGCUCACGAAUCGCACCUUGCUUCGCUGUGCAGAUCGUCACUUGGCACAGUUCCUCGCACUCCUCGCGCAACAAAAUGUCAGCAGCUCAAGAGCAGCUGGAUGAAGAGCUGCAAAAGUACAAGGACAUGUUUACACUCACGCCAGAGACGCUCGUUCGAAUCACUGAUCGAUUUGUAGAGACGCUGGAAAAAGGUCUGCACAAGGAUGGCCAGACGGUGCCAAUGCUUCCAGCUUACGUAUUUGGCUGGCCUACUGGCGACGAGAAGGGCUCCUAUCUGGCUCUUGACUUGGGAGGUACCAACCUGAGAGUCUGCCAUGUCACGCUCAAGGGUAAGGGAGAGUUUGACGUCACGCAGACAAAAUUCCGUCUGACGGACGAGCAAAAGCAGUGCGAAGGUCAAGAGUUGUUCGACUUUUGCGCCGACUGCUUGAACACCUUCAUCAAGGAUCACUUUGGUGGACGCGAUGGAGAGGUGCAUUUGGAGGAGGACAUCGCUCUCGGUUUCACUUUUAGCUACCCUAUGGAACAAGAGCGCAUCGACCACGGCAAGCUCGUUCGGUGGACCAAGGGUUUCGGCAACCCAAACACCGAGGGUAACAAUGUGGCCGACAUGUUCAAAAAGAGUCUUGAAAAGUACGAGGUGCCGAUCAAGAUGACGUCGUUGAUCAACGACACCACCGGGACGCUCAUCGCCUCCAACUACGUCAGGCCAGACACGCGCAUCGCGUGCAUUUUCGGCACGGGAUGCAACGCCGCGUACAUGGAGCACAUUAAGAACAUUCCCAAGAUUGCGCACCACAAGCUGCCAGAAGAUGAGGACAUGGCGAUCAAUUGCGAGUAUGGAGCUUUCGAUUCCUUCGAGCACAAGCACAUGGCGGAUAUCCGAACAAAGUACGACGAGUACAUUGAUCUGCACAGCAACAAGCCUCACGAGCAGGCGUACGAAAAGAUGAUCGCUGGGCUGUAUUUGGGAGAGAUUUUCCGAUUGGUGAUGUGCGACCUGGUGGAUGAAGGUGUGCUAUUCCUGGGACAGAACACGUACAAGAUCGAAAAGCCCAACGUGUUCGACACUGCCUUUUUGAGCUUGAUCGAAUCGGACCCGACGGACGAGCUGCUCACCGUCACUGGCCUGUUCGCUCACUUUUUCGGGUUGGAAACGACGAUCGAGGAGCGAAAAUUCUUCAAGCAGCUCGCGGAGCUCAUCGGAACCAGAGCGGCUCGUCUUAGCUCUUGCGGCAUUGCGGCAAUUGUCAGGAAGAUGGGCUAUCAGGAGAAGGGCUGCGAAGUUGGCGCUGAUGGUUCGCUCUACAGCAAGUACCCCCGUGAGUAGAGAGAGAGGCACGCCUCAUGGGGUCUGUAUGCGCCACGAUUUGCGCGCGCGCGCUCAAUGUGGUGCUUUUUUUGGCCCCACACAUCUCCCCCC